AUGGGCAAAGUGAAUACGAACGAGUCCAAGGAGAAGAGCAAAGGGACGUUGUUGGUGAACAAAAAUGUGAAUGCCAAACGAUCAAAGAAGGUUGGGAAAAAGGUAUGUUCUGAAAGGUUGAAGUGGAAUGAAAAAGCUCAGAUCUCUAUGCUACAAGGUUUGAUGGAUUUUGAAGAUGUAAAGAAGAAGAAUGCUUUUGAUGAUAUGCUGGAAACUUACGAGUUCCUCAAGGAUUAUAUAGUCUUCGAGUCUUACAGCCAAGAAUUUGUAGAGAAGAUGAUGAGUUUGAAGGAAAAAUUGAUGUAUCACACGAGGAAGAGAGAAGAACGGUCUUCCUCGGAACGUUACGACCAUAAAGGUUCUAAGUUGAUGACAUUGGUUCGGGAAGAUGAUGUGGAGCAUGUCGUUGAGAAACCAAAGAAGGGUAAGGGGAUUGCAAAGCCUAAAGAAGAGAAGCAAGAAGCAGUGAUGGUUCGUGAAGGAGAAAAAUGGUUUGAGGAUGCGUCUUUGGUUCGAGAAGUUGUAAGUCGUGGUGGUGUUGAUGAAGAUAUUCUGAAGAGCAAAUGGGAUGCGGUACCAGUGGAGAAGAAGAGUCAUAUGGAUCAGAAGUGGAGUGUCUUGCGAGCCAAGGAAAAUGAAUCUUUGUCACAAAAGAGUAAGUUUUUGAAGGAGUUGGUUUCUAUUAUCCGUGGAGCAUCAUCAUCAUCAUCAUCCCGUUUUAUGUAA